AUGGAUCACACCAACCUUUACCCGCAAUCUUCGGGAAGGGACACGUCAUUCUCAGAUUCAGCAACUGGCCCAUCCCAUCAAUCUCCCCCGCAGGGUGCCGUAAUCUAUUCUCCUUUCGAUGAGAACGGGAAAAUCAGAACCCAGGGGCUACCUUCCCUACUUCAUUUGAUCAGAAACUCUGAACAAAACCUACAUCCCCUAAAUACAACUUUUUCAGUUCAUGGCCAAGAAACCACAGAAGUUUUACCUCUCCAAUCCAAUCAGGGAACUCCGUCCCCUGGACUGAGCAGCGGAACUGAGAUUCCUGGACAAUAUAUUGCCUCAAACGCUUGGUCCCAUGAUAAGCCCUAUUCUGACCUCCCACCUGAAUCAAUACAUUCGGAUGAUCUGCAUCGCCAGGAGCGGACAUCUGACUGGACAGAUCCGCAAGCUCCACGGCUGCUAUUUCACCCAUCCGUGCGUCAUACCGCAAUAGAUUCUCUAGACUAUCAACCAUUUUAUUACUCGAAUCCAAACGCUCCCAUCGGUAGACAGUAUAUGAACCCUUUCCAUCACACACCUCAAGGAGGAGCGAGUCAUCUGACCGUAGACUUAGAAGUGGAUUCUGGGCAGACUGGAAGUGUGUCUCCCCAGCCGCAAAUCAUGUCGUAUCGUCGAGCGGAUGGUUCGCAAGCUUAUUUCCAAGUGAGUGAUGAAGAUGAUCACUUGCGAGCGAAUGAAACGAUGGAGGGUCUGGAAGAGGAUGAGUGGUACAACGCGAGUCAAACAUGGGCAUCACGUCGAACGUAG